UCACAUUGGCCCGUCUCCAGUAUUUAUGAUUCCACUUCCAACAAAGAGACCGUGAAAACUUCCAAUAUAUCGACCACCUUGAUUUCUUCUCCUAACUCCCUCUCUCUUCCCCGAUCUAACCGGAGGAAAAUGUCUCACGGUGAUCAUGGAUCAAAGCCCAGGAGCAUGAUGGAUAACUCGAACAACAAUAUGGAGAUGAUGAUGAUGCAGAUGAACUUCUACUGGGGCAAAGACGCGGUUUUACUCUUCUCUGGGUGGCCAGGCCACAGCCUCGGGAUGUACAUCCUGGCCCUGCUCGUCGUGUUCAUACUAGCAGCAUCUGUGGAGGUUCUGUCCGCCCUGCCUCCCUUAAAGCACGGUAUGACCAGUGGAAAGAUGCAUGCAGUUGUUUACUCUCUUCGGAUGGGCCUGGCAUACUUGGUCAUGCUUUCGGUCAUGUCCUUCAACCUCGGGGUCUUCAUCAUGGCAGUGGUAGGCCAUGGCAUGGGGUUCUUUGUGGUGAAGACUCGCUUUAUUGCCGCCGACGAUCUGACUGCAAGCCCAAGUUCCCCCAACACCAAAGUCUGAAUUUCAGGUUAGCUCGUUGACGAAACAAAGUCUUAGCGGUUGUUUGGAUUGCAGGUUAUGGAAGGGUGUGUUUGUAGAGAAACUCUCCAUUAUACACUCCGCCAUAACCCACAGGCCAAACAAACUAUUAGUCAUAAUUUGCCGUCUUGUAAUAUUUGUGUGCUCACAACUGAUAUAAGUGGGAAAGAAACGAUGUGUUAAUCUGCCGAAAAUAGUUGUCCCUUAUGCUUUGUUAUGCUUUGCCUUUCGGGAUCAAUUGUUCUUCCAAUAACACUCUUUAGUAA